AUGCAAUCAGCCGAUACAACAGAUCCAAAUGGCAAGAUCAACGCACUGAAUGUCCUCCCGCCACAAGUCCGCAUGCCCAUGCUCGAGGACUGCCUAGAUGCAGGACUAAAGUACUCUUCGAGGCUCGCUGAGCUUAUUGAGCGCGCAGCUCAAGAACUUGGUGACGAUGGAGAUAUUGACGCUGAUUCGGAGGCAUUCGGGAGGGAGAAACUUGAUCAGUGGAUCAAAGAAGCAGAUGAAGAUGAAAUCAAGGAGGAGCACAGGCAAUUGGAAAUUCUUGUCGGCGUACAGGGAAAGACUGGAGCAGGAAAGACGUCAUUACUCAAUGCUCUUCUCGGAUUCAAGGACUUGCUGCCCCCCAACGACGCACUAGUUGCCACAGCUGCAAUUUGCCAGGUCGCCUAUAACUACUGCGAUGAUCCUAAAAAGGCCUUCCGUGCAGAGAUCACGUUCCGCAAACACUUGGACGUUAAGCAUGAGCUGAACAGGUUCUUCGAAGACGUCAAGCUGCGGAACGAACUGCUGAACGGAAGAGGAGAGUUUGAGGAUGAUGACGACAAGGAUAGUCCUGACAGCAGUGAUCUCGGUGAGAUUAUUGAAAGAAUCAAUGCGACUGCCGAGAAGAUUGGACCUGUCUGGGGUCACAAUUUGACUGAGUUGGAGGGCAUGUCCACGCAGGAUCUGCUGAAAAAAGAUGAUCCGGCCGUGAAGCUCCUUAGUACAACCAAAAGGAUCAACUCACCCGACCUUGCAACUUUUGCGCCAGCGAUCAAGCCAUACUUGGAUGCCACAACCACAAGUAUAUCAGGAAGAGCUGGCCGCGAGACUAGAGAUAUGGCCGUCUGGCCGUUGAUUGAUCACGUCAAAGUUUACGUCAAAUCAGACAUUCUUCGGGGUGGGAUCGUACUUGUUGAUCUGCCGGGUCUCGGAGAGAUUGUCGAGAGUCGAGCGGCCGUGGCAAAGAAUUUCUACAAUAGGCUUACCGUGACCAUCGUUGUCACACCCUCCGUUCGAGCGGCCGGCGAGAAAACAGCCGUCGACCUUAUGACGGAAAACCAAGAGAUAAACAUGCGGAUGAGCGGCAAACUUGAUGACCGCGGAUACUGUAUCGUGUUGUCCAAGGCCGAUGAUGGCAUCGACUGGGAGACGACAGCACGAAAUCAACACAGGCAGAAUGACAUCAAAAUGAUGGCCGAGUUGGACGAAAAAAUUACGGAAGAGACCGCCGCAGUGAGGAACAUCAUGCCGAAAUUGCAAGAACUGUACGGCACCUUGCAGGUGAACAAGAAAAUAAGCAAAGCGGAACAGAGAACCCUACGCGCUGAGUUGAGAGACAUGAGGAAUAAGGAGCGAAGCCAUCUAAAAGUGCGAAGCGACCUUCAACGGCAGAAGAAAGAAUUUCAUUGGGGCCAAAUAUUCGCGGCGGUCCAGUCUCGCAGCGCCCUUUUAAAAAAGGAUAUCAAUAACUACUUAAAGGGGAAGCAUGCAGUCUUCAUGAAGAAUUGCCCUGGCGUACACGCUCCUUAUUGCCCGCCCAAGAUCUUCCCCAUUAGCGUCAGGGCAUAUUGGCCGCUUCGGAAAAGAAUUGGAAAUAACCCAUAUGCGCCGCAAGAAGACCCACUGUACGGAUUUCCAGACGAGGCCUACACAGGCAUUCCAGCUCUCAAGAGUUGGUUGUACGAAGCCACGAUCCCACCGAGGGAGCGCCAUAUGAAGGCGCUCCUCCACAGACUCGUUGGCCUCUAUAAUAGUCUCCGAACAUGGUCCGACCAAGAGUGCGAAAAGAUCAAGCUGCACAUGACGCCGGAGGAGGUGCAGGAAAAAUACCUCAACACAGAGUUCAAGCUUCUGGAAAAGAAACUCAAAGCCUUUGGGGUCGAUCUCUCUGACAAGGUCGCCGGCUGCAACCCUCUCAAGAACACCAAUCAAGCCCUGGGUAUCUGCGUUGAGAAAUGUAUUGAGCAGGUCAAAAAUUGGAUCUAUAAAGAUCCCCAAGGCGCCAAUCCUCACGCCAAACUUGCCUACGCCACCUUUUUCGCUAUCAUUAAAGCCGGUGGUGGCUGUUUUCUCAGUCGAGCCAAGGGUCAGCGCCUAAUCUACGACUGGAUGGAUGGCCUUGCAAACACCUUCAGAAACCAAAUCGUUUCGCAGUGGGUAUCCUUACUACACAAACAGCUGCCCAGUCUUGAGGUUCCCGCUCGCGCCGGUAUCGAUGACCGAUGGGAUUACCGUGUCAAUAAGAUCAUUGGCAUCCUCAGUAGGACUUUUCCGCGCCAAAGAAAGUAUCUUGCCACCAAGACUUCCGUUCUGAAAUCUAUCAAAGAAGAAGUCAAGGACCUUGUCGUGAAAGCACUGGAUGAUGUGGCUGUGAACUCGGACGGUCUGCACAAGGAGCUAGCUGCGGAUCUGAAAGGCAAAUGGAAACCGACGUUCAAGAAGGCAGCAGGUCCAAAGCUGAAGGGGAAGGGAAGUAUGAAGAAUCGACACCAGGUCCUAGUCAAGUUUGCAGAGACCAAGGCAGACAAGACCUAUAAGGAUGCAGUGAUGAAGAUGAAGAAGGAAGUGUCAGAUGAAAUUAAUAAGUUUCCCAUGAGACUGGAAGCGAUUUGGAUCACAGGCUCCAGAAAGUUGAGGGAGCAGGUCGAUCUCAUCAUGGACAACAUCGUCGAGUAUGAAAAGGAACAGGGUGAUGAUGAUAGCAUGGGAGGCUUGGAGAGCGAGGAAGGCGAAGUCGGCAGCUCCGAGGAAUCGAGGAAGCAGAAAAUUGUGCUGCAGGAAAGUAUCAGAGCCAUGCUCUAUGAGUGGUUCUCUUCAUGGGAUGGAUGUACGGAUGAUAUUCCCAUGAUCGACGCUGAUGAUUCAGACCAGAAGCAGGGGACAAGGGCAAGUUGGUUGAAGCAGAGCGAGAUUCCGAAGAGUUUUAGCCUGGGAAGUCUGGGUCACGUCGAGAACGAAGCGGAGGAGAAUUGCGACGGCGAAUUGAUUGAUAGAUAUCUGGAUGGUCACGCAGAGGAGGAUAAAUUGCUGGUCAAGGAGGAAGAUGUCGACUCAGACUGA